AUGAGCGACCUGAACGACUUUGACCAGUUCAACUUCAACGAGUACGAUGGAAGCAAGGGAAGCCCUAUGGAGGAAAAGAAUAUGGCGGUGCCCAGCGGAGGGUACGGAAUGAGCGAGGAGUUAGGAUUAUCCAACGAGCUCAAUGACAGCCUUAUGGAGAAUGGCCCAAACUACGACCACAUGAACAUGUCUCUCAACAGUAUUUAUAGCGAUCAGAAUGUAACGAAAAGAGAGGUAGAAGAAACAGGCAGUAGCAGUAACAAGUACAAUUUUGGAGAGCCCCAAAACGACAGCUCCAAUAAAUUUACAACCUCCUAUAAGAAGGAAAGCCAAAUAUCCUUCGAAAAUACAUACGAACAAUUUUACGAAAAGGAAUCCGACAUAUCUGACACGGAAGAAUCAACCACGUGGGAAUCUGAACGACUAAAAAGAAUAGAAGAAAGGAAAGAAUACGAAAAAAAUAAAAAAAUCGAAAUAAAAAAGAAGGCUGCGGAAGACUUAAAAAAAUGGUAUGAAGAAAUGGCCAUUUUAAUUGAAGAGAAAAAAAAAUUGUCUAAAAAAAAAAAAAAUGAAGAAAAAAAAAAGGAAGAAAAUUUGGAAAACAAAACUUGGCUCAAGGUGUUCCAAUAUUUGGACAUAGAAAAGGGCGAGUAUUUUAAGGAGAACAGCCGCAUGAAGCAGGUCCUCCUCAAACUAAUGAAAAGCGAGGGUUCCUGA